UUAGAACAUGCUAGAGUCGCAAAUCUGAGAACAACCUUCGCGAAAAUUGAAAAACUCGCGAGCUCACGAUUUCACGCAAAUCCACGGCCUUACCUUGUCAACAUGUUUAACACCUACGCAGGCAAAACCCUCAAUUAUUUCGACAUGUGGAUUGUGACGUGCACCUAGCUAUACUUUUUAAACCUUCAUUUCGGAUAGCCAUUUUGCAUUUUGCAAGGCGACUGACAACACACACUAAAAGUUAUCACUGAGAAAACUGACAACCAAGGACCGAUUUAUCCCCAGUAUCUUCAGAGUUCUUUACCGGCUUUUCAACAGGCUGCACAUAUCUAAAUAUGCUUUUUCUGAAAGUGUUUAUUUUUGGUUUGCUGGCUUGUUUCGUUGGCGCUAUACAUAUUGACGUGACUAUCAACGGUGCUCAAGUAAAAAGCAUUCCCGCAGGAAGUGACGUCGUCUUGAAUUGUUCAGUACCACGUGACGAUGCUGUAGACAGAUUUGAUUGGUUGAAAGGUAAUCAAUCAGUGUCAGAUCACGUGGUCACUACGUCAUUCCAGGGCGGUGUUUGGUGGUCCAGCUUGGUACUUCAGAAUGUGUCUCCUAUCAAUACAACUGCAAUGUAUACUUGUCGUACAUGGAAAAACAACUCAACCAAAUCGACUCUUCAACGUCACGUCUGUGUUGAUGAGAUAGUACUGCAAGUAGAGCCGAGAGCUUUGAUGUUGGAUGCUGGAGACAGUUCAGUGAUAACAUGCACAGUUCAAGCAAGUUGUGAGGUACCAUCACUCCAGUGGCUCAAGCUGCCUGGGAACAUCAUCACCGACAAGCAUAGGAUUGUGAACACGUCCAAGACGGAGUUGAAGCUUAAACUGUCUGAAGUGAAUUUAAAAGAUCGUGGACUGUACUACUGCAGGGCGAUCAAUUCAGCUGGACGUGAAGUUAAAACACAAAUGUUCUUACUCAUAGUGAACGAAGUAUUAUUGCCAAACCCACCCUUGGUGACGUCACCACAUCAACACGUGGAUGGUUACCAUGGUAGCGACGUGACACUUUCCUUCUCCACUCAGUACACCCCAAGGCCCUUGUCCUAUGGUGAAUGGUACUAUGAUGGCAAAGUCUUACACGAUAGCCCCAAGUACACUAUACAUAAUCGUUGGUUCUUCCCAGGGACAGACCGGGGACUUUUCUCGAUGACAGUACACAACCUGAAUGAAGAUGAUUCAGGGAACUAUACUUUAGAAGUAACAACAUCAGUAAAACCUUUCGCUGUUGGUCACGUUCAACUGACAGUCCAUGGACGAGAUCCAAAUGAGACGCACGGGAUGGUACCAAAUGUCCCUACAGUCAAAGCUAAGGAAAUUGAAAUUUCGUGCGAAAUGGAAUACCCUAACAGCGAGAAACAACCACCGAGACUUUACUGGGCGUUAAAUGGCGAGAAGUUGACUCCACAGUCAAAGUACAAAACACGUUCCUUACAAGAGCACAAAGGUCACCAUAACACGUUGAUUAAAAUGGUUGUCACCAUAUUCAACUACAGUCAAAGUGAUUGUCGUUGGUAUACCUGUGGUAUGAAUACGUCACAAGGCGUCAAGGAGAAGCUUGUAGCUCCAUGUCCAAUGAACCAAAUUGAAUCACAAGCAACAUCAGAACAGGAAAUAUGUUGCAAGUGGAUGUGGAUCCCGAUCACUCUGGCGGGUGUAUUCAUGCUGGUUGCCAUGGUGAUUGGAUUAACGUGCCUCUUUGUUAAACAUGAAAAGAUUAAGAACAACAUCUUCCAUAAAGGUUUUGUUCGUCAUAGUGGCGAAGAAGGGCACGAGAAGUAUCAUGUUCAUUCGAACGAGACUGUGCACAACGAGCUACAUAGUAAUCUAUAGACACCCUUCUAGUAGCAAGCACAUAAACCUAAAAUUUUGAAGAGCUCUGAUUGGUUAGAAUAUUUCUCAUAAAAAUGUAUUGAAAGACUAGUCACUAGAGCCUUUGCAAUAUUAAAGUCGAUAAGAUGGCAGAACGUGUAGCUUUAAAACAAAAAAAAAAAACCCCGGCUUUUUGAGGGAGUAAAAUAAAAACCCGUUGAUUUACGGAGCUCUAGCUAUGAUUCAAAUUCGAGCAUGCGCAUUACAUACCAGGUAACCAGGGGUGCUUAAUUACCAUUCAGUAAAAAAAAAAAAAAAAAAAAAAAAAAAAAAAAAAAAAAAAAAAAAAAAAAAAAUGGAAAUUCUGGACAGAAUGAUAAUGGUUCGAUCAUCUUUCGAAAAUGACAUUCAGAAGUUGUGGAGAACCUCUAGAGGUUGUACUGAAUAAUUUCCGAACGAUGUGAUUCGAACCGGAAUUUCCUGAUAUUCCCCUUCACAUUUCCCUGCGCCAUCUUAAGGGUAGCCUUGCCUUUACAUCGAAGCCAGACGAACGGAGAGCUUGCAAUAAUAGAUACAUGUGAAUAAUUAUUCAAAAGGAUAAGGUGGUAAAAAAAGGUGCCUAUCAUUGCAAGCGAUAUAUAACGUUCGUCUCACUUCGAUUCAAAAGGCACGGCUACCUUUCAAGAUGGCGCAGGGAACUGUGAAGGCGACUAUAUCCUUCGCUUAAAGUCGUAAAUCAAAAAUACCGUCCAAAACUUAGUCCAUUAAAACUUUUUAGGCUUCCUAACCAGAUUUUUCUGCUGAAUGGUAAUCAUCCUAAAUUUCUAGAGUUUCCUUAGUUUCUGCCAUUUCGUCGAGCAUGCUUAGAAAGAACAGACCGCCUUUGACGAAAUUCCAACCGAGUGAAAAACAAACACCAGCACUGCCGCGGAAGGAAAAGAUUUAUUUUAGUAACCCUAUACGAAGGUUCAUUAUGUCACAUAUUAUAUCGGCCGAGAAAACUUUAGUUGAAAAUCGUAAGAAAUCACAGCAAAAGAAUCAUAAUUAAACACAGUAUGUUAAUCAAUAAAAAAAUAUUGAAAACUUUUGAGAACCGCA